AUGAAGGUGUUGAAGGACUGCCUCCAGACAAACAAAUUCAAAUGGACCCCAGAAGCGGAGGCCGCCUUCCAAGAAAUGAAAGCAUACAUCUGCAAGCUCCCGACAUGGGCCACCCAAGUACCCGGGGAGCACCUGCUCCUAUAUUUGUCCGCAUCGAAAACAACCAUAAGUGCGGUCAUGAUGGUAGAACGGGAAGGGAAGCAGAUCCCCAUAUAUUUCAUUAGCAGAACACUUAAAGACCCCGAAGAACGCUACAUGCCUCUGGAGAAACUGGCACUAGCUCUUGUUUUCGCAUCCCGAAGACUCAGGAGGUAUUUCCAAGGGCACAAGAUUACCCUAAUGACCGAUCAACCCCUUGAAAAGGUACUUAGGAGGUCGGAGCUAUCGGGGCGGUUAGCCAAAUGGGCUGUGGAACUGGGGGAACACUCUUUAGAAUUUAAGCCCAGGACAGCCAUGAAGGGGAAGAUACUGGCCGACUUUUUAGCAGAAGUCCCCGAAGAUGAAGAGAGGGAACUUUUAAAAUGGGAAGCUUUGGAAAAAGAAGAGAGAGAGAAGGAGGACGAGGCUGUGUGGAAACUACUCACCGACGGGGCCUCUAGUGAAGAAGGGAAUGGGGCAGGCAUCACACUGAUAAGCCCAGAGGGGGUCGAACUGACCUAUGCCAUAAGACUGGACUUCGAAAACACCAACAACACCGCAGAGUAUGAGGCCCUCUUAGCGGGAAUGAGACUGGCACAAAAGAUGAAAGCAGGGCAUGUGGAAGCUAGCACCGAUUCACAACUGGUGGUCAAACAGUAUCAAGGAGAGUAUGAGGCUAAAGACAACACCAUGGCCCAAUACGUGGCAAAAGUAAAAGAAACAGCUAAGGCAUUCAAAACUUUCAAAUUGGAAUACAUCCCCCGAGGAAGAAACAGAAAAUCCGAUGCCCUCAGUAAGCUGGCCUCAGUGGCGUUCGACCACCUCGCAAGAGAGGUUAAAGUGGAAGUCCUGACAUCUCCUUCCCUUAACACGAAGGAGGUAGCUGCAGUUGAGAGUACCCAGGAAACAUGGAUGACACCAAUUAUCAAGUUCCUCAGAGAUGGAAUCCUGCCCGAAGGGGAAUGGGCAGCCAGAAAGGUAAGGGUAAAGGCCCUGCAAUAUGAGCUGAUCGAUGGGGAGUUGUAUCGAAGAUCAUAUCUGGGUCCAUCCCUGAAAUGUGUUGAUAUGGAAGAAGCUGAGUAUGUGAUUAGGGAGAUGCACGAAGGGAUUUGUGGAAUGCAUUCGGGCCCAAGGACGAUAGUAACAAAGGCAAUGAAUGUAGGGUUCUACUGGCCACGAAUGUAUGAAACGGCAUCCGAGGAAAUCAAGAAGUGUGAUAACUGCCAGGUGCAUGCACCAAUGACCCACCGACACAAACAUCCCAUGAUACCAGUUUCAACAUCCUGGCCAUUCCAAAAAUGGGUUGUCGACGUAAUCGGGCCAUUCCCGGAAGGUCCAGGAGGGGUCAAGUAUGUGGUGGUGGCUAUCGACUAUUUCACCAAGUGGAUCAAAGCGAAUCCCCUAGAAAAAAUCACCGGGGAACAGAUGAGGCGGUUCGUAUUAGACAACAUCAUCUGCAGGUAUGGGGUCCCAAAAGAGCUGGUGAGCGACAAUGGCGUCCAAUUUGCUGGAAGACCUUUCAAGCCAUGGUGCGAGCAAAUGCACAUUCAACAAGUGUUCACCUCUGUCACCCACGCCCAAAGUAAUGGAUUGGUAGAAAGAGCUAACCAAAGCGUCAUCAAGGGAAUGAAGGGCUCACUUGGGAGAAAACAAAAGGGGUGGCUGGAAGAACUACCAUUCAUGUUAUGGGCAUACAAGACUACCCCCUAA